AUGCCUCCCACGACUCGGGGUUCCAGGACGGCCAGCCCGGCGCCAUCCGCAGCAAGCUCGCUGAACCUGAGCGAGGGCGCCGUCAGCGCCCUGAUUGCCACCAAGAUCCUCGAGCGCAAAGCCCGUUUCGACGCCGAGGCUAGCAGGGAUGUCACAGAAAAGCGCCUGCAGCAAUACUCCCAGGAGCUCGAAGUGUUCCGCAAUGAGGCUGGCCAGCACCGUGACACCCUGCAGACCGCGUCAAAGGACCUUGCUGCCCGGCUCGAGGCUGUCCAGUCCUCGCUGGCCAAGUACCAGGCCCAGACGGAUCUCGAGCUGUCGCAGCUGGACCAGAGGCUUGAUGACGAGGUCGCCAGGGUCGAGAAACAAAUAUCCAGCCUCUCGCGGAACCUCAAUGCUGACCAUGAGACACUCCGCAGCGAGAUAGAGAGCUUCAGUGGCAGGCUUCAGCAACCUACGGAAGACCCUUCUUCUACUAGCCUAACGGCCCUGUCAGACAAACUUGCAGGCCUGUCAGUCCGACUAGAUGCAGAGUCUAGUCGAGUUCACAGUUUGGCCGAAGAUGUUGGCUGUUCCCGGCAGUCACUCGAGGUGGUCACCGCUGACCUGACCCGAGCUGUCGCCGCAGCACAGGCAAACAGCACGACAGCCCUCGAGAGACUCAGCCAGCAGCUGACCGACGAGCUCGCACAGCUCGACAAGAGUGUUGCCGCUCAAGAGCAGAAGUCGGCCUCCUUCACCCCCGAGAUGUGCAUGUUUGUCGCCGAGCUUUUCGCUCGCAAGGAUGACAUACUGUCUCUCCUGAAUCGUUCAGAGACAUACCCUUCGCCUUGUCCUGAUAUACUAGACGUCGCCGAGGGUGCCGCAAUACCCCUUGACACGAGCUCUUCCACCGCCUCAGAUCCAGGAGAAGGAGACAAAAACUGUGAGGGUGCGAUCGAAUCACCAAAUACGUCACCAUUCCCCGAGGCCAGCCUGCAACAUGACCACCGACCUACCGGUGCAGGUAAGCCCCAGGUUUCAGCACGGUUCAUGGCAGUAGGAGAACUCCUCCAGAAGCACAAUACUUCCUACCGCAGUGAUGCGCCGAAAUCCGAAGUCGUGUUCGUAUGGAAUUUCCUGCGAAGCAUUACGGACAUACCAUGGAUGCGCUUCAUUCAAAAGACGUUACUGGAGGACCACCCCGACUUGGUCUAUCGGGCGAAAAAGGCAGGGCGUGCGGCCCACGACGUCUCGCUUCGCAACGGUUUCACUUGGGCGAAGCUCUGCGAAAGCAUGGCGAAGAUAGAUAUGAACAAUAUCCCCGAGCAUCUUAGAUGA